UCUUCCAAUAGCCACAGAAACGCAGAAACAAAAUAAAAUAUCAGAGAGACAGAGAGAGAAUCAGAAGCAAGAAGAAAGAAGAAAAUUUCUUCCUACAAAGAUUACAUCAAUUGACGCUGUCUGUCUCUUCUUCUUCUUCUUCUUACUUCACUAUCAUCGCUGUGUGUUUCUCUUUCUCUUCCUUCUUAUCCGAAAUUGUGUAAAGCUUCAAUUUUUUUUUCUUUUCCAAUGGGUUUUCUAGACUCCCGAUUGAAAUUGUAAUCUGGGGUUUUCGUGUUCCGACCAAACCCAAAGAAGAAAGGUUUAAACUUUUCGCUCUAGAACCCACAUGGGAUUGGCACUGAAUAGUAGAAGACGAAGAAGAAGAAGAAGAACAGUGAUACCAGUUCGCUACGACUAUGUCCAUAACCCAAUCUCCAGCAUCGCUCUUCACCGCCGCCACCGAGGAGAAAGAAGGAACCUUUAACAACGCUCGUUGUCACUCGCUAUGGAUCAGAGAAGCGUUAGACGAGCUUCCGCACAGUUUCACGAUCACCGACCCGUUCAUCUCGGGCCACCCGAUCGUUUUCGCCAGCCCCGGGUUCCUCAAGAUGACCGGGUACUCUCGGGAAGAGGUCAUCGGGAGAAACGGGAGGGCGUUCCAGGGUCCCAAGACCAACCGGAGAUCGAUCAUGGAGAUCCGCGAGGCGAUUCGCGAGGAGAGGCCCGUUCAGGUGAGCCUCUUGAAUUACCGCAAAUCCGGAUCUCCGUUUUGGAUGCUGUUCCAUAUGAUCCCUGUGUUCGGGAGUGACGAUGGGAGAGUGAUCCAUUUCGUCGCCGUUCAGGUCCCCAUUUCGGGACAGAAAUUGAGAAACGGGUCGGUGUCGGAUGUGUCGGGUCUGUCGGAAAUGGUGUUGGGUUCUUGUCGGAGAGAGGUUUGCUUGGGUAGUUACGUGCAUCAGGAGGAACGAGCUUUACCAGUGGAAUGCGAUGAACAAGAGUUAGAGAACUGGGAACAUUGUGAAGCUAGUGAAUCCGAGAAGCUUAAAUCUGCUGAAGCAGUUAGCAAUGUGUUAGCUACUCUGACGCGGUACAGCGAGUUUGCUGGCAGAUUAGUAUGUGGGAAGCGGAACUGUUUGCGUGGAUCAGAUUACUGCUUAAGCUCCUCGUUAGUUAUAUCACUCGGUAGAAUCAAACAUAGUUUCGUAUUAACCAAUCCGUGCUUACCAGACAUGCCUAUCGUUUAUGCUAGUGAUGCCUUUUUGACAUUGACUGGUUACAAGAGACAUGAAGUGUUGGGACAGAAUUGUAGAUUUCUGAGUGGGGUUGAUACAGACUCCUCGGUACUCUACGAGAUGAAGGAAUGCAUUCUAAAGGGGAAACCAUGCACAGUGCAAAUAUUAAAUUACAGUAACAGAAAAGAUAAGAGCACGUUCUGGAAUCUUCUUCAUAUAUCGCCAGUUCGUAAUGCUUCAGGCAAGACAGCAUAUUUUGUAGGGGUUCAGAUGGAAGCAAGUUGCAGAGAUACUGAAAGUAAAGAUCUGAGGCCGGAGACAAGGCAACUGAGUGUGGUUGGUGCGGUCAGAGUUGCGGUCAGGAGCUCUUUCAUGGUGACUUGUUGAUAGUUACAUACGCCACGAAGAACAUGUAUUUUAGAGUGUAUACGGAGUGAAUUCAACGUAGCAUCUCUAUAAAUCAUUAUUGUACAUGAACAUAAGGUGUUUAUUGAGAUAAUUAAAACUUGGUCCUUUUUUA